UAACUACGAAAAACCUCGCUUCAAAAUCGUACAUAUUGGUGAAGGGUGACGUGAAAUUACCGCAAAAUGUCGAUUAGUUCGAAGCUUAAAGCGUACUUAGUUUUGCUAGUUUACAUCGGAGCUCUACAGUUGGUAUUUUAUUGGUCUAUUUUACCUGAGAAAACCAACAGGCAGAUACUCAUCGAACACAAGGAACUAUUGGAGUAUCCAUGCUGCAUUUCAAAUUCCACCAACGAAAGGCAAACAAACGUGGUUUUCUUCAAACCAAACACCAUCGGAGGAUCGAUCAUACUGAAUAUUUUAUUGAGAUUCAGCUUAAAGCAUUAUAUAAGUGUACUGAUACCUGAAAAAGUCAACGACUCUACUCUAAUUCCUACUCGAGGCACUGAAACCCUCGACAACAAAUACAAUGUUAUACUCUUGUUCGAUAAAUUCACUCCAGACGUGCAUAACUUCGCGUAUCCGGAUACUUUUACCAUCACAAUACUUGAAAACCCCAUAUCCAUAUUUCAGAAUUUAUACAACGAGUUUAAAGUGACCUAUCCAAUUCGUAACUUUGAUAGUUUCCUGUCCAAAUUCGUCAACAGCAUUAACGGGUCAACGCUAAAUCCGAUCAGUACUCGAUUAGGAUUGCAGAGACAAUAUCAUCAGAAUUUGACUAAAAUACGAAGCUUUAUCAGCGAAAUCGAUGAAAAAUUUGAUCUGGUUAUGAUAAACGAGUUUCUCGGACCAUCGUUGAUAUUUUUGACUAAUUUAAUGGGAUGGCCCUUGGAAUACGCAUCCAACAUGUAUUCCUAUAGUAUAAGACCUGCCAAGACUUAUAAUUUAACUCGCAGCAAUCAAAUUGAGGUAGCUAAGUUGAAUUUGGCUGAUAUGAUGUUAUACGAACACUUUUACAAGAAAUUGGAGAAUUGCGCACUGCAGUAUGGAGUUGAACAGUUGAUCGAAGAGAUGAAGAUAUUGGGCGAAUACAACGAACUUCUCAAGAAGGCUUGUCUGAGCCAGGCCGAGGAGCAAGAACAAGAAUACGACUACGAUCAAGAUGCAUUCGCAGAAUGCGUUGGGUUCUUGGAAACCGAAGAUGAGUUCAUUCAACGAGUCAAACAAGAACAGGUUCAAAGAAUGAUCAGCGAAAGAUCGUCGGAUUAUUUCAUGAUUUAUUGAUAAAUUGAGAUCAUGAUGAAAAAAGUCGAGAAUUUGAGACGUUGACGUGACUGUUUUUUGUGAUAAUUCUAUUUUAAAGUGGAUGUAAAAACUGUCAGUACCUAAUUUGGUGUUAUUUGAAACCUA